AUGGCGCUGCCCAUCCUCGCGUUGCUCACGUUGGGCUCGCUUGCUCUGCUGGCCCUGUACAAGUUCAUCCUCAACCCUCUCCUCUUCCACCCUCUGCGGCAUAUCCCCUCUGCGCAUUGGUCGAUCCCAAUCUUCGGAGAUGCCUGGAUCACCUAUCAACGGUACAUGGAGAGGAACAAUGCCGUGACUUAUGCGGCUCACUUGAAGCACGGGUCUGUCGUCCGCAUGGGCUCCAACGAGCUGAGCGUCAAUUGCGUGGAUAACGGCAUAAAGACCAUCUAUGCCGGCUCCUGGGAAAAGCACGCCUGGUAUCCGCAGAGAUUUGGCUCCUAUGGGGUCAUGAACAUGUUCUCUACAAUCCACCACGGGCCACAUUCGCAGAAGAAACGCACCAUGGCCAACGUCUACUCCAAGUCCUUCAUCGCCUCUUCGCCGCAAGUGGCCGCGAACUCGCACACACUGUUCACAACCCGCUACCUGCCGCUCCUCCAGAGACUUUCCGAGACGGGCGAACCGGCCGACGUGCACGACAUGAACAACGCCUUCGCCAUGGACUUUAUGUCGGCGUACCAGUUCGGGCUGGCCGCGGGGACCAACCUCACCCAGGACCUGGCGAAGCGGAGGCACAUCCUCCACCAGUACCACUGUCGUCGGGACUACGAGUUCUUCUCGGCCGAAGCACCGUGGCUCAAGCGCCUCACGCGCGGGCUCGGUCUGCAAGUCGUGCCGUAUUUCGUGGACGAGGCCAAUGUCCUGUUGGAGGAUUGGAACGCCGGCAUGUGCCGCAUGGCGGACGAGUUCCUCUCGCGACGAGGAUCAACCGGCGGGGAUGGUUCUUCACUGGCAUAUUACCCCGGCGACGAACCCGUCGUGUACAAGCAGUUCAAGACGGGCAUCACGAAACUGCGCGAAAAGGACCCCAACGCGGGAAAGGCGACGGGCGAGGUCAUCCUGCCGACCACCCGGCACGACGAAUUACACGGCGGGGACGGCAGCAACAAUAACACUGAUGACACCACGACCGCGGAGAUCUACAGCGAAAUGCUGGACCAACUGGGCGCGGGCCACGAGACGUCGGCCAUCGCCCUGACGUACCUGUACUGGGAGCUGAGCAGAAACCCCGACCUGCAGAAGCAACUCCGCGACGAGGUCCUGACGCUGACACCACCGAUCAAAUGGCCUCUGUCUCCCGGCGCGAGGGACUUCAAGCUCCCGGACCCAAAGCAGAUCGACGCCCUGCCGCUGCUCAACGCCAUCCUGAUGGAGACGCUGCGUCUGCACACGCCCAUCCCGGGCAUCGAGCCGCGCAUCUCGCCGCACGUGCCGGGUGGGAGCACGCUGGGCGCCUACUCCCAGAUCCCCGGCGGGGUGCGCGUCUCGGCCAUGCCCUACACGCUGCACCGCAACGAGGCCGUCUUCCCGGACCCGGAGACGUUCCUGCCCUCGCGCUGGCUGCCGUCACACUCGUCCGACGACCAGCUCAAGGAGAUGCACCGCUGGUUCUGGGCGUUUGGGUCCGGCGGGCGAAUGUGCAUCGGCAGCCACCUCGCCAUCCAGGAGAUCAAGCUGCUCGUCUCGGCCAUCUACAGCAACUGGGCCACCGAAAUCGUCGACGACAACGGCAUCGAGGAGAUCGACGCGUACACCACCAAACCCAGGAGUAACCAGUUGAUCUUGCGGUUUGUGCACGUAUAA